AUGGCCCUGGGGCUCAGUGCUUCUCCACCAGCUGUGCUUCUGCUCCUGUCCCUGCUGGGUCUGGCUGCUGCUGGGAAGCUCCUGGUGGUGCCAGUGGAUGGGAGCCACUGGCUCAGCAUGCGGGAGGUGCUGGACAUGCUCCAGCAGAGGGGACAUGAGGUGGUCGUGGUGGCACCUGAAGUGACUUUGCACAUCAAACCAUCAAAGAACUUUGUGAUGAAAAUGUACGCAGUCCCCUACACAAAGGAAGAGUUGGAGAAAGAUUUUAAGGCAUUUUUUGAUCUUGCAUUUGAGGAAGGAACUUUCUUUGAAAGAUUUUUUCACAAACUUGAAGCUAUGAAAAGAAUCACUAACUUUGGGGUCACCAGCUGUGAGCAGCUGCUGCAAAACAAAGAGCUCAUCAGGUACCUUGAGGAGAGCAAGUUUGAUGCCAUCCUUACAGACCCUUUUGUACCCUGUGGGUUGAUCCUGGGUGAGCAUCUUUCACUUCCUUCUGUCUAUUUCUUACGAGGAAUCCCGUGUGGGUUAGAUUUUGAAGCCACUCAGUGUCCCAAGCCCCCUUCCUAUGUACCCAGGGGAUUUACAGGCCUUACAGACCGCAUGGCCUUUCUCCAGCGAGUGAAGAAUCUGCUCUUUGACAUCCCAAACAUUUUCCUCUGUGAUUUUGCUUUUGACCCAUUCUCAAAACUGGCUUCAGAGUUCCUGCAGCGGGAGGUGACUGUGCUGGAUCUCUUACGCAAGGGCUCUGUUUGGCUCCUGAGGUUGGAUUUUGUGCUAGACUACCCAAGGCCUUUGAUGCCCAACAUCAUUCCAAUUGGAGGAGUAAACUGUGCUCACAAGGAGCUGCCUCAGGCAGGUGUUCCUUCUGGCUUUGAAAUGGUUCUCAGUUGA